AUGAUAACACCGAGAUUCAGUAUAACACAGGAUGGAGAGUUUUUAUUCCUUAAAAUAUUCAUAAGUAAUAUUAGGUUUAAUGCAACAGGGUUAGAAAUCGUCAUCCAGGAAAACAUGGUCGUCUUCCAUUUAUCGCCGUACUAUUUGAGAUUGAGAUUUCCUCACGAAUUGGUUGAUGAUGAGAGGUCUACAGCACAAUACGAUUCCAAGGACGAGUGUAUUAACGUGAAGAUAGGUAAAUUGAAUAAAGAUGAAUAUUUUGAAGAUCUAGAUUUACCAACAAAAUUAUUGGCCAGGCAAGGCGACCUUGUGGGUGCUGAUGCAUUGGCUGAAGCCCCUGAUGAAAACAAAAACCACAAACCACUUAUUCAAGAGAUCGGUGGCGAUGAUACGAAUAUUAAGCCCACGGAAGAUGUGAAAACUAUUGGCCAAAUGGGGGAAGGUUUCAACUGGGAGAUAGAACAAAAAAUAGAUUCCACUUUGGAUGAUGGACUAUUGAAAACGAAAUACGGGUUCGAUAACUUGUAUGACACCGUAAUAUCCAUAUCAAUAAGUAACGGAAACGAUAUCAAUGAGCUAGACGAUCCUGAACAUGCUAAAGCCAACGAUAGAGUCAUUGAAAGGCUGAGAAAGGAGAGCUUAAAAUUUGACCCUGAGUAUUACGUUUCUGAACACAUGACUAACAAAUACGGGAAUGAAGAAGAUUUAGAAAUUAACGGUAUCAAAGAAUUACUAAAAUAUACGCCCUCCAUUGUCAAGCAAUACUUGAAAUGGUACAAGAACUGUCCGAACCCAAAUCUUGUCAUGCCAGUAGAGUUUACUGACAAGGAACAAAAGCAGAUGCAGGACAACUUACCCAAGAAAACUUACCUCGUGGAAGAUGUCAAACCACUUUACGUCACCAUACUCAAUAUUCUUUUUAGUUACAUGUUUGAACUAAUUGAAAACGAAGGCACGCAUACCACUGAAAGCGCUUGGACCAUGGGGAAGUUAUGCCCGCAAAUAUCGUUUCUAGAUCAACAGCUGAAGCAGACAAAUGAACUGCAGGAUGGAUUGAAGGAGAUAUCCGAUGAAAGCAAAGACGUUUCUAUCAUCAAGCUUGCCAUCAUAACGGGUAUCAGGAGAGCUCUAAGCUACCCGCUACAUAGAAAUUACGACUUGGCAAUGAAGGCGUGGACGUUUGUGUACUAUAUUCUACGUGGUGGUAAGAGACUGGUCAUACGAGCAUUAUUGGACAUUCAUGAAACAUUUCGUUUCCACGACGUGUAUUACGUCUACGAAAAAGUGCUUCUGGGUGAUCUCACCUCGUGGUUCAUCUCUCAGGGUAGUGAAAACGUCAUAAGAAGUCUGGCCCUGGAGAUGAGAAAAGAACAAGACUCGAUUAACAGGCAGGAUAUCGAAUUCGAAUGCAUUGCUUCGUUCAACGAACAAACUGGCGAACCAGAGUGGGAGACACUGAGCAUCAGGGAAAUGGAAAUCCUUGCUGAGUCUGAAUAUCAGCAACAACAGCAGCCCCAGCAAUGA